GCGCAGCGACGCGGCUGCUGCUGUGAGCCGGCCCGUAGGUUUAGCGUUAGCAGCUAAUUCCCGUUAAAAUCCACCGUUCGGUUAUUACCGAAAUUCCACGAUACGAGUUGGAUCCACGGUUUUUUUAAUGAGUUUGAAGAAAUGCGAAGGAGACAAAUCAGAAACUUGAGGGACACGAGCUGAGCGAAGCGACCUGAAGGUUACGCUCCCUGUGGCCUCAGCAGCAUCAUGGUGGACGUCUCAGUGAAGAGCGGAGCUGCUUGGGUCUGUCCUCCAGGACGUCACCUGGCUGAUGUCCUGCUUCCUGUGGACGUCCGUGAUGGAGACGAGGAGCUGGGUCUGUCCCAGGGAGACCAGACAAACCAUCCUGUGCUGCUGCAGCAGACGGAGGACGGGUGUCCCUGUGUCCUGACACUCUGCUGCAGCUCCUCUGCUGCCAUCAGCCGCCUGCUGGUCAUCAGCGAGGCUCGGACCAUGGAGCUGUACAACCAGAUAGGAGAAUACUGUGGAACGGCUCGGGGGGAGAGGGAUGAGAGCAUCCAGCCGGACAGUGAAGACAGAGGACCUUUCUACAGGAAGCAGCUGAUCCUGGAUCUCCCAUCUUCUGCUUGUGAAGUGAAGCUGCUGUCCCUGGCCGGUAGAAGCAGUGUCCUGGUCUGUCGAGUCCUCGUGGGUCUUCAGCGGCUGCAGCCCGGCCCAGUCCGUGGCCCCGGCAUUGACAUGGAGCAGGUGCAGUGUCUGGUUGAAGAGAUGGGAACGAGCCUCUCACCUGGAGCACAGAACCUCAUGGAAAUGGUCCAUUUCCAACAAAAGAACCAGACCAGCUCUCUGGGGGGUUUCCUGCCUCUCCUGAUGGGGGGUGGAGCUUUGUCUCUCCUGGCUCGAGGAGCAAACACCUCCCCAGCAGCCGUCAGCCACCAGAACCAGUCUGCAGAAUCCACGCCUCCACUGGGCUUCAUCAGCCCUGCAGACGGAACUCCAGUGUCUGAGAACGGAGCGAUGUCCGUGGGCUCCACCUCCUCUCCAGACUCCGUGCUGUCUGACAUCACCACUGAGAACUCAGCCAGCGGUGAUGACAGGAGCCUGGUGAACCACGCCCACCUGGCAGAGAUGAUGUCACAGUUCCUGAAAGGUCAACAGGGACAGGCGCUGACCUCGGGCCCUGACUUCCUGCCCGUGCUCCAGAGCGUCUGUGGUCAGGUGACGCAGCUGAGACUGGAUGAUGCUGCCGCAGAGAAGGAGAGGCAGAUGAGGAGCGGCAGCUGGGAGCUGGACUCAGCCAUGGAGCGGCGUCUAGAGGAGAUGGAGCGGAGGCUGAAGGAGCACGUGGACCGUCGCCUGGACGCUCUGGAGCAGAAGCUGGAGAAGGCCCUGCUGAGCGCUCUGCCGCUGGUGGCUCUUAACCAGGGAGGAAGGAGCAGCUCAGCAGGAGGCGCAGCGGCCAGCGGACCUGAGGAGCCGAGCGCUCCGACUCCGGCCAUGCACUGAUCUCAGAGCUGCUAACAGACUAACUUAUCAUGUGACCUGGGACCUCGCUGCCCCUGUUGCUCCUCAGACCCUAGUGUCAUCAGGGGGGGCAGGGCAGGAAGCAUGCAGGCACUAACAAAGACACAGUUAAGGCUCCAAAGGGAAAUAUGGACGUUAACUCAAUAACUGUAAUAAUCUGCUGAAGGUAAAACCAAAAGUUUCUCAGUAGAUGGAAAAAAAAACAUCACCACCACUAAAGAUUGUGUGUCUGUGACGGUUUGUGUCUUUUAUCUGUAGUGAAGUGAAAGUCCUCAAUGCACAGAUUGUCUCAUCAGCUUGAGAUGUUGUUAGAGUUUCAACUUCAGAAACAAAGAAGUUCCAGCUCCAGAAAUUCAAUAUUUAAAUUAGCAAGACAGAAAAUAAAGUAAAACGUUCAGUCAGAGCCCGACUGCAGAGAAACGUGAGGAGCAGGUUUCAUGGCAGUGGUGUUGGAUGCUCAGCAGUUCUAACACAAUAACAACACUCACCUUCACAGUAUAAACUGUUACUGCACUGAUCUGGGUUCAGGAUCGUCAGGUCUGAAUUCAAAGAGUGUAUCAAAGAGGCUGUAACUGAUUAAAAUGUUAUUUUAAUAUGACACUGUAAUGUUUUAAUGUCUGUAACAUAAAGCGUAUCUUGCAAUGUAAACUUUAAAAUGACUUGACCUGUGAUAUGGAUGAUUUUAAUAACUGUACUAAUGUAAAUAACAAAUAAAAAUAUAUUUAUAAUGCUAAA